AUGUUAGAGAGGUUGGCAGGUCAUUCUCCUUAUUGCUUUCUGGACGGAUAUUCAGGAUACAAUAAGAUAGUUAUUUCUCCAGAAGACCAAGAGAAAACAAUAUUCACAUGCCCUUAUAGAACUUCUGCGUUUAGAAGGAUGCCAUUUGGUCUAUGCAACGCACCUACAACCUUUCAACGAUGCAUGAUGACUAUCUUUUCUGACAUGGAAGAAAAGUACAUUGAGAUUUUCAUGGAUGAUUUUUUUGUGUUUGGAGAUUUAUUUGAUGACUUCUUGGAUCGAUUGUCUCUUGUAUUGCAAAGAUGCAAAGAGAAGAAUUUGGUGCUCAAUUGGAAAAAGUGUCACUUUAUGGUAAAGGAGGGGAUAGUGCUAGACCGCAGGAUUUCCUCAAAGGGCAUUGAAGUUAAUAAAAUCAAAAUACAAGUGAUUGAAAAAUUGCAGCAUCCUAAUUCAGUUAAGGAGAUCAGAAGCUUCUUAGGACAUGUAGGGUUUUACAAAAUGUUCAUUCAAGAUUUCUCAAAAAUUAAAAAACCUCUAGGUAAUCUACUGGAGAAGGAUAUGUCAUUUCACUUUUUUGAUGAAUGCUUAAAUGCCUUUAAUAUUUUAAAAGAAAAGUUAACUUCUGCACCUGUAAUAAUAGCACCUGAUUGGGAUCUACCUUUCGAACUUAUGUGUGAUGCUAGUGAGUUUGCAGUGGGAGCGGUGCUUGGCCAACGUAAAGGAAAAGUCGUACAUAAGAAGGAUGCUAAACCUAGGCUGAUUCGAUGGGUUCUAUUACUGCAAGAAUUUGACAUUAAAAUUCAUGACAAAAAGGAUACAAAAAAUCAGGUAGCGGAUCAUUUAUCAAGACUGGAGCAACUGUGUGAUUUAAAUGAUGUGGAUAUUAAUGAGGUCUUUCUAGAUGAGCAGUUAUUGCAGAUAGAAAAGGCUCCGUGGAGAGGGUCAGACCAGGUCAUUAGGAGAUGUGUACCAGAGGAUGAGAUGAAACCGAUCCUUGCACGGGUUCAUGCUUCGGCUUAUGGAGGAUACUUUGGCCCCACUAAAACAGCAGCAAAGGUGUUUCAAUGUGGUUUCUUUUGGCCUACACUAUUCAAGGACUGCCACAAUUUCUGUAGGUCAUGUGAUAAGUGUCAGAGAACAGGUGACAUAUCAGCGCGUCACGAGAUGCCACUUAACAAUAUUUUGGAAGUGGAAAUAUUUGAUGUCUGGGGGGUUGAUUUUAUGGGUCCUUUUCCAUCAUCUUAUAACAAUCAGUACAUCCUAGCGGCAAUGGACUAUGUCUCUAAAUGGGUAGAAGUUAAAGGAUUGCGUACAAAUGACGCAAUGGUGGUGGUAGACUUCAUAAAGAAACGCAUCUUUAACCGCUAUGGAUCACUUAGGGCCAUAAUAAGUGAUGGUGGAACUCACUUCCGCAAUUGGUUAUUCCAGGCAGUGUUUACCGUACCUCCGGCCCCUAUGUUAGGCGGCCGUAAUAUUUUGUUACGUUCUACCGCUGUUACGCCAGAAAUAAAAGGUUCCACACGAGCUCCCGUUCUGCGGCGUGGUGGCAGGACCGCUAGGGGAGUGGCUCCGGGUGUAGAUAGGGUGAAAUCUGCAGAGGUCAUGCAAAUAAAUAGGCCCCUUCCCUUCUCUUUUGGAUGA